AUGAUUAGCGGACGAUGUUUGCAUACAGCAUCCAAAUCAACAAAUGGAUCAGUAUUAGUUGCUGGUGGAUUAGGUAGCAGUGGUUUUCUCAAUAGUGCUGAAUUGUACAAUUCAUCAACAGGCAGUUGGACAAUCACAGCAAACAUGAGUGUCGUACGAUAUUGGCAUGCAGCAUCCACAUUAGCAAAUGGAUCAGUAUUAGUUACUGGUGGAGCCGGCUCCCCUGGUUAUACCAGUAGUACUGAAUUGUACAAUCCAUCAACAGGCACUUGGACAAUCACAGGAAACAUGAGUGUCGUACGAGUGUAUCACACAACAUCCACAUUAGCAAAUGGAUUUGUAUUAGUUACUGGUGGAGACACUGGUAGUAGUGCUUACAAUAGUGCUGAAUUGUACAAUCCAUCAACAGGUACUUGGACAACAACAGGAAGCAUGAGUGUCGGACGAUAUCAGCACACAGCAUCCCUAUUAGCAAAUGGAUCAGUAUUAGUUACUGGUGGAUACACCGGUAGUAUUUAUCUCAAUAGUGCUGAAUUGUACAAUCCAUCAACAGGCACUUGGACAACCACAGGAAGCAUGAAU